UGGCCAGAUCCCAUUGGUUGAUUAUCUUAAGCUGCGGUGGCUUCCACAGGAGAUGUAAAGCGGCCACUCACCUACACUUUACCUACCAUUUAAGCUUGGGCGGUACUUCACUUCACCCAUUGAAUUGAUUAGAAACUUUGAUGCUAAAAAACACAACUAAAUAACGUCAACAAAUCAUCAUCUCCAUUCUCCAAUGAAACAAAGCCAAAGCCAGAAAAGCCAAAGAUCCACCAAAGAAUAAAGCAGGAGAAGAUAAGGAGAGAGAGAGAGAGAGAGAGAGAGAGAGAUCAACUUCCUGUCUCCUUUGCUUCCUUUCUUUUCUAUUACUACUUGCCUUCUCAUCUCUGCCUCUCUGGACCCAAAAAUUUAGUGUAAAUAUUGAGGCAAGUGAACUAUUUCAAAAUUUACAUACAAUUUUAUUACCAAGAUUCAACAACAUGGGUUCUGUUGGGAACCAGAAUCCUUGGGCAACCUAUGAUACCUAUAAAGAUUGUUCCCAGCAAAUUUGCAGCAUUUAUUGUCCACAAUGGUGCUAUAUAAUUUUCCCUCCCCCUCCUCCCUUUAACCUUGGAGAUGAUGAUUCUGGAACUGAUUUUUCUCCUCUCAUUAUAGCUGUAAUUGGUAUCUUGGCAAGUGCUUUCAUCCUGGUGAGUUACUAUACUAUCAUUUCCAAGUAUUGCAGGCGAGGAGGCCAUGGUGAUAAUAGCUUGGAAUUGGGUGAAAAUCAUGACCAAAUCACUAAUGAAGCCUGGCAGGGUUCUGCAGCUGGAUUGGAUGAGUCUCUCAUCAAGUCAAUUACUGUAUGCAAAUACAAGAAAGGUGAUGGGUUCGUUGAAAGCUCAGAUUGCUCUGUUUGUUUAAGUGAAUUUCAAGAAAAUGAGAACUUAAGGUUUUUGCCUAAGUGUAACCACGCAUUUCAUCUCCCUUGUAUUGAUCCUUGGCUCAAGUCUCAUGCUAGUUGUCCCCUCUGCCGUGCCAAUAUUGCACCCACCAACAUCCUACCUAGCCAACCACCACCACCACAAGGUCCACCACCGCCAAUUCAAGAAACUCCGCCAAGCACUGUCGUGUCUGCCCUUGAAUACCAACACAGGAUUAAUGAUGCUGUUCUAGUGGUUCAAGAUUUACAAGGGAAUGUUCCUGAAGAAACUGUGGUUAGUCUUGUUGUUUGUGGUGAUAACAUCCUACCAAAGCCUACAAUUCAAGAUCUUGGAUUAAGCACCCAGAAUAUGGAACAAGAAACAGAAAACAUUAAUGAAAUCAGAGAGGAAGCCAUCCAACCAAUAAGAAGGUCAGUUUCUUUGAAUUCUUCUCUGUGGCAUACUCAAGUUUCUAUUGCUGAUAUACUACGCUUGAGCGAGGAUGAAAAUGGUGAUGAUGGUUACAAAAUGAGAGAUACAGAGAAGAAUAGAAUUGAGAUUUUGAAUUUGGUUAGAAGUCCUCUUGCAAUUAGGAGAUCAACUUCAACAGGGAGAUUCAUGUUCACAAGGUAUGAGAAAGGCAGGAGUUCUAUGAUUCCUAAUUGAUCAGAAUAUUUUUUUUCUUUUUUUUUUCCAUUUUUUAUUUCCAUCCCUGAUCUGAUGUACAAAACCAUUAUUUUCUUUUUUUUCUUGUGUAGCAUAAAAAGCACACCAUAUAGAGAAUUAGAGAUCUUGCAUAUUAAAUCUGACAGUGGAGAUGAUGAGGCC